AGUAUGACCAUGCGUUACACAGCCAUUAAUUUCAGUGGGGUACUGUGUAAUGCUUCAUUCUCCCUGUGGGGGUGCUGCAGGAAAACACUUCCUGCCAAGUUGCUCCAUAGUUUUCAGUUCAUCACUGAGGUUCUCAGCAGGAGACCCUGUGAUCAGCAUGUCAAGGGACCCUUCUUGUGAAAUGGGAUUGUACAAAGUAGAACUCACCAGCCCUCAACUAGACAUAACACAGUUUUGCCUGGAAAGUUCCAAGCAUAAUAGAAACAUAACUGACCAAUGGUUAAUGUGCUUUUAGAUUUCAACUUUUCAAGAGGCAUCAUAAAUCAAACAUCAGUGGGAGAGUUUACAUUGGUUGGUUUCACAGAUGUCGAAGAACUUCAAGUUCUCCUUUUUUGCUUAUUUUUUAUGUUUUUUCUCUUAAACAUUACUGGCAAUAUCUCUAUCUUGUGGUUUGUGACUUUUGAUUCAAGUCUCCAUACCCCUAUGUAUUUUUUCCUGGGGAACCUUUCCUUUUUUGAUAUUUCCUUUUCGUCUGUUGCCGUGCCAAAAAUGCUAUGUGACUUCUUAUCUAAGCAGAAGACCAUUUCGUUUGGUGGCUGUAUUGCUCAGAUGCAUUUCUUUCAUUUUCUGGGAAGCUCUGAGGUUACUUUACUCACCAUCAUGUCUUAUGACCGUCUGGUAGCAAUAAGCAACCCCUUACGUUAUUCAGUCAUAAUGAACAGAAAGCUUUGUGUUUGCCUUGUCAUCGGCUCUUACAUUACCGGCUUUCUUCAUUCUCUCUUGCAUACCUUGCUUACAGCAAAGCUUCCAUUUUGUGGACCUAACAGGGUCAACCAUUUCUUCUGUGAUGUUAAACCAGUGCUGAUAUUAGCCUGUGCAGAUAUUUCCCUAAAUCUUAAACUCCUCACCAUGGUAACUGGGUAUCUGGCAACUACGUCUUUUCUACUAACCCUCUUUCCAUAUAUUCUAAUCAGUAAAUUUCUUCUUAAAAUACAAACAGUUCAAGGUCGAAAGCGAGCAUUUUCCACCUGUAGCUCCCACCUCAUGGUUGUCUCUCUCCUCUUUGGAACAGCCAUGUUUACCUAUUUGGGACAUUCUUCGCAAGAUAUUUUAGAUCAUGACAGAGCUGCAGCUGUGCUAUUCACGGUCAUUACUCCUGCACUAAACCCAGUUAUAUAUACGUUACGUAACAAAGACAUGAAAAAAGUAAUGAAAAAAGCUAUUCGGAAGUGGUUAAAAAUUUAAAACAAGAAAUGUUAUGAUGAAAAUAAACUGGAAAGCCUUGAUUUUCUUAAGGAACGUUAUGGUGAAAAUGAACUAGAAAACCAUGUUUCUCAUAUCUUUAACCUUAAUAUCCAGAGGCAUACAUAAAAACACAGAGAACACUCCGUAGUGUAGAUAUUUCAACAUAAGGCAA